ACAAAAAAAAUAAGCAAUGGGCAUCAAUCCAACUUGGGUACUGCCAGUUCUAGCCUUGGGACUAUUCCAAAUAGUCGCCGGGCAGAGUUCAGCGGCAGCCAGAGAUUUUUUACAUUUUCACAACAAGGCAAGGGCGGAGGUGGGGGUGGAGCCACUGCAGUGGAGCCAAAAUCUAGCCAAUCUCACAGCCCGCCUCGUCCGAUUCCAACGCAACCAAAAGAUCUGCGACACCGCUGACGUGACCCGUUUCCGGUACGGCAAGAAUCAGGAUUGGUCGAAUCGACCGGCACAGUCGCCGGGCCUGGCAGUGGAGCGGUGGGUUGAAAAGAAGGCGUUUUACAAUCACACGAGCAACACGUGCACGAAGGAUCGCCUAUGUGGGGCUUAUACUCAGGUGGUCUGGCGGAAGACGAAGGAAGUGGGGUGUGCUCAGGCGACGUGUCGGCAGGAACAGAUUACUUUGACCAUUUGUUUCUAUAAUCCUCCAGGAAACGGAAUCGGUGAGAGACCGUAUUAGAGAUAAGGCUGUGUGGUAAAGCCCAU